ACUAUUACCAUCCUCUCACUACACUCGCUCUUCUGCGCGCCCGGACCUUUGCGCCCGGGAUUCCUGGUUGCUCUGCUCUCGCCUCGCCGCUUUUUCUAUUCUUGGCUGUCUGUCACUUCUGCUUUCGCUCAAUGGGCCCUGACAGCCCGAUCACUCUACUACCCGCGAAUUCUCUCAAUCUGUUACCUGCCUCUACUUCAUUAUGCCGUGGAUUGACCUUAACGGCGAGAAGAAAAAGGUUGCCUGCGGUCCAUGCAUCCGUGGUCAUCGUUCUUCAAAGUGCGACCACAAGGAUCGCGUCUUGCUCGAAGUCCGCAAGCCUGGUCGCCCGUUGAGUAGUUGCCCUCAUCCGCCAGGCUCUUGUAGCUGCGAGAGAGUGCUUGUCAACUAUACCGUCCCCAAGAAAUCCGAUUGCAACUGUUCAAAUGGUACUACCCCCGUCAGUGCGUCUGCCAAUACCACUGGAAAUGCGUCACAUAGGGUUCAGAAACCUCGCCAAAAGCGAGCUUCGACUUCUGUCACCCCUGCUGCUGUAGCCAGAGCUCUUAAAGACCAGCCUGUUCUCACCGAAGACGGCUUAUUCAACGGCGAGAGCAAUCCACCUAGUGAGACAGCAUCCGUAACCUUUUCAGCAUCCGAGAGGAGCAAUAAUGCCUCUUCACCCCCCAGCAGUAGCCACUCGAUCGAUAUCGACUCACAGUCCGAUAUCAAAACGGAGACGAAAGGGGCGAAUGAUACCUCUGCGCCACAGAAGUCAUGUUGCACAGGAUCCACAGCCGUGACAACAACAAAAGAGGACACUACUACGCCAAAUACUGCCAGCACAACAGCGUCUUGUUGCCGUGGAGCUGGUAACGAAAUAGAUGCGGAACCUCCGCAAAAGUCCUGUUGCUCUGGACCCAAGAAGCCGCCACCCCUCACGUCGAAUGGAGCAGCUCAGCCCGUCCCGCACGUCAUAAACACCAUCUACCCCCCUUAUUCUCCGUUCCACCAACAUCCUAACGGCAUACCGACUGCUCCACCACCUACACACUCGCCCUACAUGGCUUAUCCUCCACAUGGUAAUGGUCCUGUCAUGAACUCAUCUGGAUACAUGCCAACGAUGCCAUAUCAGACAUACUUCCCAUAUCAAAUGCAAUUUCCGCCCGUCCAUAACAACCCUACCAAUGGUGAUGGCUCCAUAGGCCACAACUGCAACUGCGGUGAUUCAUGCGCCUGUCUGGGAUGUGCAUCACAUCCCCGGAACGAUACUACGAGAGAGUACAUUCGAUAUUAUAGCCAAUUCCUGGGACCUCCGGGCAUGGCGCGGCCUCCGCCAUACCACAUAGCGAAUCACUACAUGUCUUCUGGCCCACCAAAUGGGCACUUCCCCUACCACCGUCCAGUACCGUCCAAUGGUAAUGCUGUGCCACAGCUUAUCAUGCCUCAGUAUGCACCUCCUGACAUGCAUCCCGGACCUGCAUAUUCCUCCCAACCUCCUCAUACCUGGCAGAUGAACCCGUCUCACUCAUCUGUUCAGACUACCCCUGCGGCCGAGUUUGAGAAUUUCAAUUUCAACCAAGCUCCGACACCCUUGAAGAUGAAUGGAAGAUCGACACCCGAUACCGAAUUCAGGUGCUCUACCACCCCUACCCACCAGAAUAUGAGCCGGUCCAACUCCUGCGCCGAAUAUGUGGAGAACGAUAGAAGCCAGGAAGCAUCACCUACUGCUGGUGCCAACAGUCCAACGCUAUCUCCAUCGUCCUUCUUCCUCCAGUCGCUUGAACUCCCAGGCUGCGACGACCCGACCGGUACAUGCCAGUGUGGCGAUGGAUGCGAGUGCGUCGGAUGCCUUACUCACGGUGGUCACGACGGCGUCCCACUGGUACCGGAUACAGGUGGCCAGAACGGGCUUGAUUUCAGCCUCGAUGGAAACUACACUUUGGACGACGCCUUUGCCGAUGCCCCUUCCUGAGCCACACGAGCACGACCCAAUGACGAAAACCAAAUAUAUAGUGAUUAACAUGUAAUCUUUUCGGACCGGCUGAUUUAACAAACGUAUGCCCCGACUGCAUUG